UUGCGCUAGUACUCGUAUAUAUCUAUCGAUCGAUCAAUUUGAUCAGUGUUUUUGCUGUUUAUUCUUUCACUAGUACUUGAAUUUGUCUGAGUUGUACCAGAAAUGAAAGGUGCAACGUGCUAUAAAAACGAUCUCGAGAAUCUCAGGGCGACCGAGCUAACACUUAGGCCCCCUGGCAUCGAUGUGGAGGAAGUGAUCAGAUCAGCAUCGAUAGCUACAAAGUGCAAAAAACGGGCACUAUCGGAGAAAAAAGAGACCGAUGAGAAUGAACAAGCAACCGAACCCGUGGCUAAGGCACAGAUAGUCGGAUGGCCACCGAUUCGUGCGUAUCGAAUGAAUAGCUUUCGAUCAAGAAAAAGCCUUGUAGUCGAUGAUAACAAUGGCGGGAUUUACGUGAAAGUUAGCAUGGAUGGGGUCCCUUAUUUGAGAAAAAUAGAUCUAAAGAUCUAUGAAGGAUAUGAGGAACUUUGGAGAGCCUUAGAAGACAUGUUUAAAUGUUCAUCUUUAGUUCCUGUUAAUUAUGAUGAGCCCAAGUAUGCUAUCACAUACGAGGAUAAAGAUGGUGAUUGGAUGUUGGUUGGAGAUGUGCCUUGGGAGAUGUUCAUCUCUUCAUGCAAGAGGAUGCGAAUAAUGAAGGGAUGUGAAGCAAGAGGGCAAAGUUCAAGUGCAUAAAAGAAGUUUCAAGGGGAAGAUAUAUAUAUAUACAACACAAAAAGGAG